UCAACCUCAAGACUUGAUUUUGAAGACUCCACUUUGUGAACCUCACCAAUCCCUAUCUGGGUUUUGUUUUUCUUCUCUUUCCUUUACCAUAGAUCUUCACCAUUUCAUGUGAGUAACAAAAAGCUCACAUUUUUAAUCCCAAUUUCACAGAGAAAGAGAGAGAAAGCCAAGCAUGGCCUUCUCUUCUAGGCGUGGAGGAAACUGGGCACAAUCGACCCUUCCAUCCUCAAAUCCAAAAUCAAAGAUACCCAGAAAGUCAAGAAAGAGAACAUGGCUCAAAGAUUUGAUCUUUGCGAAUUUCUUCACUUUUGGGCUCUUGUUCUCUCUCUUCUUGUUCCUCCUCAUUCUUAUCCGAUUUGGGGUACCAAAACCCAUCACUACACACUUCAGGAACCGUUCCUCUCGCUACAGGAAAACCCUCAGCAGAAAACCCUUCUCUGUUGGUGGUAGUGGGAACUACACCAUGCUGAGUGCCACUGUUGACAUCACCACCAAGAUGUUGUAUGACAAGGUUGAGUUCUUGGAUGUUGAUGGUGGGGCUUGGAAGCAAGGUUGGAGUGUCACUUACAGAGGGAAUGAGUGGGAUAAUGAGAAGUUGAAGGUCUAUGUGGUGCCCCAUUCUCAUAAUGAUCCUGGUUGGAAGCUCACUGUUGAGGAAUACUAUGAUAGGCAAUCUCGCCAUAUACUUGAUACCAUUGUUGAAACGCUAAGGAAGGAUUCUCGCCGGAAGUUCAUAUGGGAAGAGAUGUCAUACUUAGAGAGAUGGUGGAGGGAUGCCUCAGAUGUCAUGAAGGAAUCAUUCAUCAAUUUGGUAAACAAUGGGCAGUUGGAAAUUGUUGGAGGUGGUUGGGUGAUGAAUGAUGAGGCCAAUUCUCAUUAUUUUUCUAUAAUUGAACAGAUAGCAGAAGGAAAUAUGUGGUUGAAUGACACCAUUGGGUUUGUUCCUAAAAAUUCUUGGGCCAUUGAUCCAUUUGGUUACUCAUCUACCAUGGCAUAUCUUCUACGUCGCAUGGGUUUCGACAACAUGCUUAUUCAGAGGACCCAUUAUGAGCUGAAGAAGGAACUUGCUUGGCAUAAGAAUUUAGAAUACAUAUGGCGUCAAAGCUGGGAUGCACAGGAAACCACUGAUAUAUUUGUCCAUAUGAUGCCCUUUUAUUCAUAUGAUAUACCUCAUACAUGUGGCCCAGAGCCUGCUGUUUGUUGUCAGUUUGACUUUGCACGCAUGCAGGGUUUUGUUUAUGAACAAUGCCCAUGGGGACAAUAUCCGGUGGAGACAACUCAUGAAAAUGUUCAUGAAAGGGCACUUAAAUUAUUGGAUCAAUACAGGAAAAAAUCUACUUUGUACCGAACAAAUACUCUUCUUGUUCCUCUUGGAGAUGAUUUUCGCUAUAUUAAUGUUGCUGAAGCAGAGGCCCAAUUCAGAAAUUACCAAAUGCUGUUUGAUUAUAUCAAUUCAAACCCCAGUUUGAAUACGGAGAUGCAGUUUGGUACUUUGGAGGACUACUUUCAAACCCUGCGUGAGGAAGCAGAAAGAAUAAAUUACUCAUCUCCUGGUGAAAUAGGAUCUGGCCUAGUUGAAGGAUUUCCUUCUCUGUCUGGGGACUUUUUUACUUAUGCUGAUCGGCAACAAGACUACUGGAGUGGUUAUUAUGUUUCUCGUCCCUUCUUCAAGGCUGUUGAUAGGGUAUUAGAGCAGACACUUCGUGCCACGGAAAUGAUGGUGUCUCUAUUACUUGGGUGCUGUCGGAGGUCACAUUGUGAGAAAUUUUCAAUGGGGUUUUCCUAUAAGUUGACUGCUGCUAGAAGGAACUUAGCUCUUUUUCAGCAUCAUGAUGGGGUAACUGGUACUGCAAAGGAUCAUGUGGUUAUGGACUAUGGAACUCGAAUGCAUACUUCGUUACAGGACCUGCAGAUUUUUAUGUCCAAGGCAAUUGAGGCACUUCUUGGAAUCCGCUAUGACAAAUUAGAUCACAGUCCUUCCCAGUUUGAGCCAGCAAUAGCAAGAUCUAAAUAUGAUGCUCAGCCAUUGCAUAAAGUGAUUAGUAUUCGUGAGGGUACUUACCAAACAGUGGUCUUUUUUAAUCCUUUGGAGCAAACCAGAGAGGAAGUUGUGAUGGUGGUUGUUGACAGUCCUGACAUUACUGUUGUUGACUCUAACUGGAGUUGUGUUCAAAGCCAAAUUUCUCCUGAGUUGCAGUAUCAUAAUAGCAAGAUCUUUACUGGGAGGCAUCGACUUUACUGGAAAGUUUCUGUUCAUGCAAUGGGGUUGGAAACAUAUUAUAUUGCCAAUGAUUUCGUUGGUUGUGAAAAGGCCAGGCCUUCAAAGUUGAAAAUUUUCUCUAAAUCUAGUUCAGUUGCCUGUCCUACACCAUAUUCUUGUGUAAAAAUAGAAGCUGAUGUGGCUGAAAUUGAGAAUGAGCAUCAAAAACUAACUUUUGAUGUAAGGCAUGGUUUGUUGAAGGAGAUAAUCUUCAAAUAUAGUUCCCCAAAUGUUAUAAAUGAGGAAAUUGGUAUGUACUCUAGUUCGGGUGGGGCGUACUUGUUUAAGCCCAAUGGUGAUGCCGAGCCUAUUAUUGAAGAAGGUGGGCAGUUGCUUAUCUCAGAGGGAACUUUGAUGCAGGAAGCAUACUCUUAUCCAAGGACAGCUUGGGAGAAAGCUCCCAUUUCUCAUAGCACUCGCAUAUAUAAUGGAGAGAGUACAGUCCAAGGGUUUGUCAUUGAAAAGGAAUAUCAUGUUGAGCUUCUUGGCCAUGAUUUCAAUGAUAGGGAGUUGAUAGUUAGAUAUAAAACGGAUAUUGAUAACAAAGGGAUCUUUUAUUCAGAUUUAAAUGGAUUUCAGAUGAGCCGAAGAGAAACUUAUGAUAAGAUUCCUCUGCAAGGCAAUUACUACCCCAUGCCCUCUCUUGCAUUCUUACAAGGAUCUAAUGGUCAGCGGUUUUCUGUCCAUUCCCGGCAAUCAUUGGGUGUGGCAAGCCUUAAAAAUGGAUGGCUAGAGAUAAUGCUUGAUCGCCGUUUGGUAAGAGAUGACGGUCGUGGCCUCGGCCAAGGAGUGAUGGAUAACCGUGUGAUGAAUGUUGUCUUCCACAUUACAGUGGAAACCAAUAUUUCUGCCAUAUCAAAUUUGGUUUCCAGCUCUUUACCUUAUAGCCCUUCUCUUUUCUCUCACCUUGUUGGUUCUCACUUGAACUAUCCGUUACAUGCAUUCAUUUCCAAGAAGCCACAGGAGUUGUCUGCGAAGCCACCACCUAGAUCCUUUUCUCCACUUGCUGCUUCCUUGCCAUGUGAUUUGCACAUAGUGAACUUCAAGGUUCCCAAGCCUUUGAAAUUUUUGCAGCAACCACCUGAAGGUUCUAGAUUUGCUCUGAUCUUUCACAGGAGACAUUGGGAUUCUUCAUACUGCCGGAAGGGAAGAUCACACUGCACUAAUCUGGCUGAUGAUCCUGUGAAUCUGUUCAGCAUGUUCAAGGAUCUUACAGUCUUGAAGGCUAAAGCAACUUCAUUGAACCUUAUGCAUGAAGACCCUGAAGUAAUGGGAUUCACAGAGCAGUUUGGAGAUCUUGCACAAGAGGGGCAUGUUGCCAUAUCUCCAAUGGAAAUUCAAGCUUACAAGUUGGAGUUACGGCCACUACAAUAGAGUACACUCAUUGGUGAAUUGUUGCUGCUGAUUUAAGCUGAACAAAAUGUUUUUACUGCUCCAUUAAUGGUAGGGAUGAAUUCAUGGACUGUUUUCUUUUCUAAACACUGAGUUUAAGGUGGUGCAGGUAAGAGGAUAUGUGAGGAAACACGUCCAAACAAAGAGUAGUAACCUUGGUUGAGUUGAGGAAGUGUGUAACACUGGACUUUUGUAGAUUGCUGUUAUAGAAACAUGGAUGAGGUUGUAGCAUCUGCGGCUCCUUGUUUGUUUACUAUGAUGCUGCUGUAGCAUUUGUUUACGUUUUCCCAGUCAUGCAGUUCAAAGACUAGUUUUGCUUUAUUGACUUACAUGUUAUUGUAUAACACUUCUCUUAGAGGCUAGUGAUACAUGUACAUAUCUAAUACCUCUAUGAUCCUGUGAAUCUGUUCAGCCUGUUCAAGGAUCUUACAGUCUUGAAUUCACAAGUUCUAUGCAAGGGAUUGUAUUCUUCUUUGGAUGUUGGCUCAACAAUUUGCCAAAAUAAUACUUAUUCUGAACUAUGAAAAUAAAUUUGCAAAGUUGGCAUUAAAGUACAAGUUCUAGAUACA